AUGGCCUCUCUCCGUCAAAACCCAUGGCGGGCUUACCAAAGCCUCACCCGACAACAACUCCGCAUUACACGCCUCUCCUCCCGACAUCUCUCCACCAACCCUGUCCGCUCCAAUGCAACCAAUAAUCCCCUCCGCUCCCGAGCAUCCGCAGCGGCGGAUCUCCAGCAUGCCUCCCAAGCUCAGCGGAAGAUGAUCCUCUCUGCAGCUGGCAUUAUCACCUGCGCAGCCGGUCUCUACGGCGUCAUCAAGCUAGACCUAUUCGGACUGAACGAAUUAGACAAAAAAGAUGACAAGACCGCCAACUCCGCACCCCCGAAGAACGGCGCAAUGCGCAUGGACGGACCAACCGGUUUCGCAAACGGCGGCCCCUCAUUAAUAACAAUUCAAGGCCAAGACAAGCUCGAGCAAGUCCCAACAGGAACAAGCACAAUCCCCACCUUCCCAAGCACAAUCCGACUCCCCUCAUCCGAAGCAACAGAAGGCAAGCAAACAGGCGACGACCUAGCCCCAUCCACAGGCGAAGAAUAUCAAUUACUAGGCCUUGGAAUCCGCACCGUCUCCUUCCUCUCAAUCCAAGUCUACGUGGUCGGCCUGUACGUCGCUAAAUCCGACAUAACCGAGCUGCAACGCCGUCUCCUACGCACCGCAGUCCACCCACCCACCACCGAUGCCCACUCCGCCAUUUCCGGUGCUGGCGCCGACGCCGCUACUUCUCUCGUCUCACCAGAGCGCCAGCAGCUCAAGGAGCUUCUCCUUGAUCCCGAGCACGGCGACGCCGCCUGGUCUGCCAUCCUCAAGGAUGACGGUAUCCGCACUGCAUUCCGCAUCGUGCCGACCCGUAAUACGGACUUUAUGCAUUUGCGCGACGGCUGGGUGCGUGGUAUCACUGCCCGCGCGCAGGCGAAGAAGGCUGCGGGACCGAACGAGUUCCAGGAUGAGAGCUUUGGAAGCUCGAUGAAUGAUUUCAAGGCUGUUUUCGGUGCGGGCAAGGGGAAGGCGGUGCCGAAGGGCCAGACGCUUGUUUUGAUGCGCGAUGCGCACGGUGCUUUGGAUGCGAUUUUCCAGCCUGGCGCUAAUAAGCCGAUUAAGUGGAUGGGCCGCGUCGCGGAUGAGCGGAUUAGUCGCCUUGUUUGGUUGAAUUAUCUGGCUGGCAAACCUGUUUCAAGUGAGGGGGCCCGGGCGAGUAUUGUCGACGGAUUGAUGGCCAUUGUUGAGAGACCCCUUGGCACCGUUUCGCAGAAGGUUAUCUGA